UUUGAGCAGGGCCAUGUCGUGGUUUGGGAAAAAGAAGGAGGCCACUCCCACCACCGCUGAUGCAAUCCAGAAACUUCAAGACACUGAGAUGAUGUUGCAGAAGAAGUCAGACUUUUUAGAAGCAAAAAUAACGCAAGAGAUGAAAACUGCAAAAACAGCUGGAAUGAAGAAUAAGAGGGUCGCACUUAAUGCUUUAAAAAGGAAAAAGAGGUACGAAGAACAACUAAAUAAAAUAGAUGGAACGUUAUGUACAAUAGAGUUCCAGCGUGAAGCUUUAGAAAACGCUAACACCAACACUGAAGUACUUAAAAACAUGGGCUUCGCUGCCAAGGCAUUGGAAGGUGCCCACAAGCAGAUUGGAGAUAUUGACAAGGUACACGAUUUGAUGGACGAUAUAGCAGAGCAACAAGAGCUAGCUAACGAGAUUUCCAGUGCAAUCAGCUCUCCCAUGGGCUUCGGUAUGGAAAUGGACGAGGACGAGUUGAUGGCAGAGUUGGAGGGAAUGGAACAGGAGGAUAUGGACAGACAGUUACUGGAUAUUCCAGACAGCGCCGUACCAGACCUGCCCUCAGUACCCAACGCAGUACCCACAUCAGCUGCCCAGGAAGAAGAGGACGAGGACAUGGCAGCCUUGGCAGCCUGGGCUACUUAACCUGCACGUGCAGAGUACUUCAUGUCACGUGCCGCGCAACUUUACAGCACGUGCAACCACUGAUCUGCUUUGAUGAAUGUUUGUAGAAUCGUAGGGACAAAGAAACUAUUAUGGGUUGACAAAUGCAGUGUCCAAAUUGUCAGAUUACCCCACUUGUAGUAUUUUUCUUGGCCUUCUCUUCCUCAUGACUGCUUCGUGAAGUUGAUUGCUAUUUGGUGCUCUUCAGUAUUGAAUAAAAUAAUGGGAAUUAUUGAUACGUGUUAUUGUUUAACUCCUAUAUAUGUUGGGAGAGAUUUAGCUUGAUUUUCAAAUCGUAGAUUUCUUUGCUCAGUUUUAUGAAUGAAAUCACGGAUGAGAGUUCAUAUUACAUGGUGAGUAUGCCUCUUAAAUAGUGGGUACUGUCAGCUAGUUCGCAGUGCUAACCCCAUAUUUACACUGCACGUUUUUGCUGGUAAGAUUGACCAUUAGUUCUUUAGAGUCCCCUAGAGGCUUCUAGAGUGCAUGUUCACCAAAACGAGCCAAGCUAUAACCUAAUAGUCAAAAUAUAUUCUUUGAUUUGAUAGUAUAUAUUUUUGAUUAACCGUUUAGCAUUUAUUUUCUUGGUACUUUUUAGAGCAAUGUUUCUUAUUCAAAAUUCACAGCACUAAUGCAGCAUUUUUUCGCUGAAAAUCUUGCCAAGUUUAAAAACUUGAUCCAGAUUCCAGAAUUGCUGGUUUUUUAACCAUAAAAACUGGCUACGUGUCUGCGUUUUUAGUUUUUAUUUUGGGUGUUUUGGUACAUUUGUGAGCGUACUUAACAAUCUGAGAAAGUAUGUAAGUCUAGUAAUGGAUGUAAGUGUAUAUAAUUAAUAUUAAAAUUGAUAAAGUGUUAUUGAUGGAUCCUCGUAUUCACGUAGUUUUGUUUUUAUACCCAA